AUGAGGGCUGAGGAUCUGAGACAGAUGUGGAAUUGCCUCUGCAAGCUCCUGUCCCUUCAGUGGACCCUCCUCUGGGAUGAUGGUUUCUCCCAUGCCUUGACAGGCCAUAGGCAAGGAGAAAUAGCUCUGAAGACCUCUUUAGCUACACGUUUUGCUCAAGAAGCUUUUGGAAAACAAUACAAGCAAACCAUAGGACUUGACUUCUUUUUGAAAAGAAUAACACUCCCAGGAAAUGUAAAUGUUACUCUUCAAGUAUGGGAUAUCGGAGGCCAAACAAUAGGAGGCAAGAUGUUGGAUAAAUAUAUCUAUGGUGCACAGGCUGUCCUUUUGGUGUAUGAUAUCACCAGCCAACAGAGCUUUGAAAACUUAGAAGAUUGGCAUAAUGUUGUAAAGAAGGUCAAUGAAGAGUCAGAAACUCAACCACAUGUGGCCCUUGUAGGCAAUAAAAUUGAUUUGGAACAUCUACGGACAGUAAAAGUUGAUAAACAUCUUCGAUUUUGCCAGGAAAAUCAUUCUAGCAGCCAUUUUGUGUCAGCAAAGACAGGUGAUUCUGUCUUCCUGUGUUUUCAAAGAAUUGCAGCUGACCUCCUUGAUGUCAAAUUAAACAAAGCAGAAAUAGAGCAAUCACAGAGCGUAGUGAAGGCGGAUAUUGUAAACUAUAGCCAGGAGCCUGCAACAAGAACCGUUAACUCUCCUCGGAGCUCAAUGUGUGCACUUCAGUGAGCGUUUUCUCUUUUUGUACAGUGCUCCUUUGGUUGCCUUUGCGCAGGCAGUGGGGUUGCCGGGAAUGUUGUUUUAACAGGGAACAUGACUGUAGUGCAUUUAGAAGUUUGAAAAACUCACUACCCAGGCAGCUUCUUUGAAUAGCCAAGAUUCAAAUGUUGGGACCACACACUUUGAAAAUAUAUAUAUUCUUGUGAAUUAUAUUUCAAUAAAGGAGGGUGAUUGUGUAUAGAGAUACUUUUACAUUACAUAUAUUGUCAGAAUGUUUGAAGGGUGAAUGCAAUAUGUGUAAAUUAAACAGGAUGAGAAAGAUGUGUGAAAUAAAGCAACGCAGUGAAAAUA